CCAUUUGCCUAUAGUCAGGAUUCGAAGCUCUUCAGCACAUUCCAUUCAUGCUCAAUAUAAAUAAAUACAAGAGUUAAAAGUUUGGAAAGCUUGGACUGCAGCCAGCUUGCUUGGUUAACUGGACCCUUUGUGGAGUUUGAAGGGUGUUUUUAAAAAGAGGAAGGAAAGAGAUCGGUUUAAGAAUCUUGGCUCAGCCUUGGAGUAUUUCCUCCCAGAGCUCUGGCUAAACCUCAGCACAAAAGCCUGGACUAGGAGACUAUGUAAACGGAGGAGGGACUCUGCAUUGCUCCUCUCCUCCCGGACUAGGAGAGAGAUCCCCAGACAGAGCUUGGAGGCUUUGAAACCAUGCUUUUCAUUUGGGCUUUGGCUUUUAUUUUAGUGCUUCAGGAGCAAGAUUUUUCAGCUGCUGCAGAUCCUGUCAGCGUACCACCUGGAAGUUCAGGGAGGAGCAACUGGUGCAAUGAACACAACACAAUCCAUAGGCACUUAGAUGCAAUCGAAGAGGUAGAGAAAACAGUCGAGUAUCUAGAGUCAGAAGUGAAGACGUUACUGAAGGACAUCAGUGAAACAGCAUGGAGUGCCCCCAUCGCUCCUGGAACCCGCCUCGUGGACAUUUUUGAUGAUGCCAGCUGAACACCAGGACAAUGGAAGAGAACAGAAUUUAAUAAUAUUCCAAAGCAUGGCUGUCAGACAGUUUCACUUUGUUGCUUUAAUAAGCCCUGUAGGAUUUCUAGAGAUUGAAGAGGGAUGAAGAACACUGAGAAGUCAAUUACUUUGCAUUUGUGCUUUGUAAUAAAAAUAAUUGCUUUUCAGACAUUGUUUUAAAGCUUUAUCUUACAAGUAAUCCAGACCCCACACUUGACAAAAAUUGCAUUUGGAGGGUGGGAUUUUCAAUGAUGCCUUGAGAUCAGCAGUUUUGAAAAUUUGAGCCUGAUCCUUUCUUAUUACCUGGGCCAGAUCACA